AUCAUAAAAAUUAUAAGAGUAAGCCAUUAAAAAAUGAGAUUCGGAAAUCGCGGAAACUAGAUUAUUUGAUCAUGGUGCGCCAUUCAGAGUAUUGAAAACAAGCUAAUAUUCAUAUAUAUAUGGAUCGUGGGACGAAAUAAAUACAUGAUAGUGCAAAGAGGUGGAGCACUUAUUUAUGAAUAAUUUCUGAAUCAUGAGUCAUGGCUGUUAUGGAACCUCAUUUAACUAAUCUAAGCGAUUAAUGUGGUAAUAUUAUAAUCUCAGAUUGAUCGAUCGCCGCUCCACAUCUAUUAUUAAUUAUUCUAUAUUAUACAUUUUUCAUUACUCAAAAAAAAAAAAAAAAAAAAAAAAGUUCCUUAAUUCUAUAAAUAGGUCGAUAGUCUGGUGAAGAACUCAUCAACAAUAAUUAAACUUGCAAAUCUUGAGUAACGAGUUGUUUUUGUGUAAGUACGUAGUGUUAUAAUCAACUACGACUUUACUCAUUUGGUAGACUACACUUGACCCCAAAAAAAUCCGCUGUUGACUAUGGAAACUACUGUGGACCAAAACUCAGCCACAAUCUUGUCACUAUGGCAUUGCAUAUUCGCGGUUUCAGCAAACAAGGAUGCGAAGAAAGGAGAGCCGCUGAAGCAGGAAAAUGCGCAGGCAUUGAUAGACAUCUACCCUCACAUGAAAAAUCUGCGUUUGGCGAAUCACGGGAUCGACAACCCGGCUUUGAUUAGCAUCCCUGAAAUAGCAAACCCUUCAAUGCUAUCCUCUCUGGAAUGUCGAAAGAGAAAUGGGUCGAAGAGUUUUGCUCGUUUAUGCGAGAAGUAGUUACUAUGCGAGAUGAACUCAAGGGUCUUAAGGAGCGCCUUCAUAGCAUCGACUUAAGCAAUCCUAGUACUUUGUUAAAUGAUAACAAACCCAAAGAUAUAAUCACAUUACUUACUCUUUGGUAUUGGUUAGCAGCUUGGUCUUCCCUCGACCAACCGAAAGAUUGUUGUGCUAAAGAUGAGUUCAUUCAGGCCAUGGAGGUUCAGAGCAAAGCGUUGGGAUUUCUUAUGGUUAAAAUUACCCCAAUUGACCCCAUUGAGCAACAAGAGCUCCAAAUUCUCCUCUCAAAGUUACUUCAAAUGUUGAAAUUGGACUAUCAACUUUGGAUGGAUUCCUUGAAUCACUGGAUUGGUACAUUGACAUUGCAGCCAUCUAAAGCAGCAGAAGCAUAUGAACCUAUUGUGACUUCACCGACACAUUGGAAAUCAUUUAAUAGCACAUACAACAACACACCGUAUAUAAGUUUUGUUUCAAAAGUUGGAAAAGAAGUAGUUGAAGGGAUCGUAACGACUGUGAUCCAGGAAGGUGGUAAGUUAAUUUACGAAAAAAGGGAAGAAAUUUUGGAGAAACUAAAAGAAAUGGGUAAUGAUGUUGCAGAUAUUGCCGACAAAGAGUUUAAUAAUUUUGUUAAAGAAAUAAAUGGUCUAGUGGAUGUAACAAAGAAGGGAAUGGAAGAACUAGGUGCUGGUAUAGAGGAAGCAGUGAAAAAAUCCGUGGAGGAAUUGGAAUGUUUCGGAGGAAAGGUAUGGGAUGAAUUGCAAAAGGUUGGGGACGCACUCAAAGAUGCUACUGAUAAGGUUGGAGACGCACUCAAAGAGGGAGCGAAAGAAGUGGAAGAUUUUGCUGAUCGAGUGUGGAAAGGACUGGGAAGCUUUCUAGGAUUCUGAGGUACAGUGAGCAUCCCAAAUACCCUUUAAUUUUGUGUACCUUACAUCCCGGUGUAUGUAAAAAUGGAGGGAGAUGAAAGUUUGGGCAAGAUGGUACCAACGGUAAUUAUUAUGGACGAAUGUUAAAAAAAAAA